UGCGCUCUUAUGUAACGUGCCCAGACAGGUGACUGGCCCCCGUCUCUCGGAAACAGCGCCAAUUGUGGGAUUCACCGUGCCUUGAAGCCACGCCUAUUUCAAGAGGGAGGGCGGUGGGAUGCCUCAGCGGGCCAAUGGGAGGACAGGAGGCGGAGCAUAGUCACGUUGAACGGGGAAUGUGUGUUGUGUGUGAAAGAAGAUGGGGAGUCAGUAGGGAGUCGGGAGCUGAGGGAAGUGUAUGUUUUCUCUGACUGUUCAUUCGAAAAUCGGAUACAGGUGCAUUGGCCGCUAUUCCUUGUAGCUCUGCCACCGUUGUGCUUUCAGGUGGAAGUUUUAUCCAUUUGCUCUUUUGUCGGGUGCGCCCAGCUGAGUCGGACUGUGGGGGGAGUCUGCCCGAGAUAUGGAGGCCGCCACCAUCAUCCUGAGCCACCAUGGGGACUGGCAGCCAGGCACAUACUGUUAACGUGGUCUCUGCAGAACAUUACAAUUUCAAGUUUUAUUUGUGGAGAUUCGAAUGCCUGCCAACGUCACAAAUGUGGCAUUUUCCACUAAAUUUUACUUCAUCCAUAUUUCACUGUGAAAGAUUAUUAUACUUUUCAAAAGUACCUGUGCAGACCUGAGCAGCACGAGUCUGACUUACUAUAAGUGCUUACUUGUUGGGCACAGACUCUUCAUUGGUUUUGGGGGCCAUGUUAAGCAGCACAUACACCAUAUAGCUUUUCAUCACAACAAUGAGCGUUGAGCCUCAGGACAAUACCUUGAUCCAAAAUGAGGACUGGUCUGCAGCCACAAGGACUGAAAGUGAAAAACCUUUAGAAAAAACAUUUGACUGUGAAGCCCUGGAGGAUCAAAACUCCCAGCAUCAUGAGGACAUGGAGAUGCACUCAAAUGGCUCUAAUGGAAAUGACUCAAGUGGAAAUGACUGCAAUGGGCAUGAGUCCAGUGGGACAGAUUCACAUGGUAAUGAGCCCAGUAGAAGAGCUAACUGUGCUUUUAGAAGACCAAGCAAAUCCACGGGAAGCAGCAACAACAGCGACCAAAUGGACAGAACUCGGUCUCACAAGGAAUUAAUGAGCAUGGUGCAGGAAAUGAAGAGAAGGCUGCCGCAUGAAAAAUUUAAUCGUAACAAGCCCAGCACUGUUGAUGCCCUGAACUACGCAUUGAAAUGCGUUAGACAAGUUCAAGCCAACAGUGCAUUUUUCCAGGUCCUCAGUGACAGUGGGACAUGUCGAAUGGAUUCAGCUGUACAUACAAUUGAGGACUUGGAGACAAUAACAUCUGAGCACCCACCAAAGAACACAGAUACCUUUGUAAUAGUAUUUUCAUUAACCUCUGGGAAAAUGGUGUAUAUCUCCGAACAAGCAGCUUACAUCCUGAAUUGUAAGAAGAAGCUGCUGGACUCCUCUAGGUUUGUGGAACUCCUGGCCCCUCAGGAUGUCAGUGUAUUUUACAAGCACACAACUCAGUCGCAUCUACUACCUUGGAAUAUAGGAGCAGAGACAGCCUCACUAUAUGAAUACACUCAAGUUAAAUCAUUUUUCUGCAGAAUAAGAGGAGGAAAGGAUCGGGAACAUGAAAUCCGGUAUAAUCCAUACAGAAUGACCCCCUAUUCUGUCAAAGUGCGCAGUUCUGAUAAUGCUGAGCCAGAGCCAUGCUGCCUUGCCUUGGUAGAAAAAAUCCAUUCAGGAUAUGAAGCUCCCAGGAUACCUUUGGAUAAAAGAAUAUUUACAACUACACACACACCGGGCUGUGUUUUUCUUGAAGUUGAUGACAGAGCUGCACCUUUAUUGGGAUACUUGCCUCAAGAUUUAGUUGGAACCUCUGUCCUGAUGUAUCUGCACCCAGAGGACCGUCCUUUAAUGCUAGCAAUGCAUAAAAAAGUUUUGAAGUAUGCUGGACAGCCUCCAUUUGAGCACUCUCCUAUCAGGUUUUGUACUCAAAAUGGAGACUACAUAACAUUGGAUACUAGCUGGUCAAGCUUUGUCAAUCCGUGGAGCAGAAAGGUGGCAUUUAUUAUCGGUCGACAUAAAGUCAGAACGGGACCUCUUAAUGAAGAUGUUUUUUCUGCACCAAGCCGAGAAAUUCUUAGCACUGAUAAAGAGAUCAAAGAAUUGCAAGGACAGAUAUACAAGGUCCUUUUGCAGCCUGUUCAUAAUAAUGGAUCCAGUGGUUAUGGAAGCUUGGGAAGCAAUGGCUCUUAUGAACAUUACAUCAGCAUAGCAUCAUCCAGUGAUUCAAAUGGAAACUGUGUGGAUGAAACACAAAAAGAACCGAUGACUUUGAAACAAGUCUGUACGGAUAUUAAUCGUAUUAAAAAUAUUGGUCAGCAAGUGUAUAUUGACACAAGAAGCAAGCCACAGCCCAAGAAAAGGGACCCCCCAAGAAAAGAGCUACACAGAGGAAAGCCAAAUACAAAUACAUUUGUAAAGCCACAGCUAGAAAAUACAAUGGAAGGACAAACAACAUCCACUUGUGAUACAUCAAGGAAGGGGCAACACAUUCCAUCAUACCAGCAAAUCAACUGUGUGGAUAGCAUAAUUAGGUAUCUAGAGAGCUACAACAUCCCAGCACUGAAGAGAAAAUGUGAAUCCUCUACAAACACAACGUCUUCAUCUUCUGAAGAUGAUAGGCAGGUUCUGCAAGGGCCAAUUGAGCUGGAGGUUUUGAAAGAUGUUCGUGAAUUAACAGUGCCAAUUGACACAAGCCAGUUAUCCGCCGAAUCAAUGGUGACAACAGAUGCUCAGACAACAGCAGCCGUGGUUGGAGCUCCUCUGACAGAUUUGACACUUUCUAUCAAGGCAAUGAGUGUGGUCUCUGUCACCAGUCAAUGUAGCUACAGCAGUACCAUUGUUCAUGUUCCACAGCCUGAGUCAGAAGUCACUGCCAUAGAAGAUGCUGCUGGUGGGAGUGAGCAAAUAGAAAUAAAGUCUUCACAAGCACCUGGUUCUGCUGUAGCUCCUGAGGAAUUUAAGCAGAUUGGUUUAACAAAGGAAGUUUUAUCCGCACACACACAGAAAGAAGAGCAGGAAUAUGUCGAUAGAUUUCGGCAAAGGAUUCUCCAGUCUCCGUAUAGCAGCUACCUCCAGCAAGACAGCAGAAGUAAAGGCUGUUCUCAUGAGCAAGGUGAACAUUCUUCUCAACCGACUACUCCUGCUGCUUUUAAAAAGGGAAAGAAACAAGGUAAACACAAGCGUCAGAAACCCAUGGAAUCCUCAGACAGUAAUGGCUCUCAUCCAAAUUUGCCCCCUCGGCCAAGAAGGCCAGGGGCGCCUCCACAGUCUUGGCCACCAUCUGAAGUAUCUCAUCCAAGUCCAUCAAGUAUGGGCUUCCCCCCUCCAGUGAUGAUUCCUAUCCAGCCAGCGUAUCAUAUGCCUGGAUUUCCGCUUCCACAGAUGCCGCCAGUAACAGGCAACAAUGCAGCUUCUGCCAUAGCCUCUGAAUCUUCUCCUCAGCAAUCAAAUAUGUCUUACAAUCUACCUGCUUUUCCAGGAUUUGCAUCUCCGUAUAUGGGAACAUUUAUGGCAGUUUUACUCCCUAAUUACAAUAUGUAUCCCCAAAUGAAUCCACAGAUACCUCCACCUUUUUUCCCCACUCAGUUUCCAUUAUCAUCUUCCUAUCCAUAUGCUGGAAUGUCCAGUGCUCCACAAAGCAUGCCUUCUCAGGUACCCACAGACUUUGUUGACCCAACAUCCCGAGCAUCUUCUCCGAUGUCAGCAGAUGGGCUAGAAGUUCAAAGUGAAGAUCCACAAAUGUUUAGCAAUUCAAGAAGCAGCUCUCCACUUCAGCUUGUUCUUCUUCAGGAAGAGUUACCCAAGGCUAUGGAGCAAGCAGAGGGAACCAAUGAAGAGAGCCAGGUGGAUAUAAAAUGUGCAGCAGAAGAUAGUGGGAACAAUGACAGCCACUCUGCUUCUAGUGAACUUUUUGACCUAUUACUCCAAGAAGAUUCACAGUCUGGCACUGGAUCUGCAGCAUCUGGAAGUGGAUCGGCAAACUCCAGUUCUUUAAGAUCUGGUUCCAACGGUUCUACCUCAAACGGGACCUCUGGAAGUGGUAUAGGAAGUAGCAACAGCAGCAACUAUUUUGCCAGCAAGUCCUCUGAUACCUCCAAGAAGGGCCAUAAACGUCAGGAUGUUGUAGAUGCUGAUAAUUUCUCCAAAGCUCCCAGGGACUCUAUUUGGAGUAUGAUUGAGCGCACGCCCACACCUAUUAUGAUGACCUAUCAGUUGCCUGAGAGGGAUAAAGAAACUUUAUUGAAAGAGGACUUGGAAAAGCUGACUGCCAUGCGGAACAAACAGCCUUGGUUCACUGAAGAGCAGAAGGAAGAACUUGCUGAAGUGCAUUCUUGGAUUCGGAAUCGAACAAUUCCUCAAGAAAUUGAUACUCAAGGAUGUGUCAUGUGUUUAAAAAGCUCCACCAAGGAUGAAAAACACGUACAGCGGAAAGAUGGGGACCCAAAAGAGGAUGCAGCCAAAACCAAUGACCAGCUGCCGUGCCCUAACAGCCCGUGUGUCUCAGAAGACGCCCCAAACUUAGAAUCAUGACUUUCGUAUAAAAUACUUUUGCUAUGAAUUUGCUCAGAAAGGAUUUGCUUUUCUUUGUACAAACCGAGGCAGAAACAUUCUCUCUCCUGAUACCUGGAGCACAUUCUUCUCUGUUGUUUUGAAAGAGACGCUUUGUGUCAGGACUAAAAAUCGCUUUCCUGAAGGAUUAUUUGUUCCUGGGACCUCUGGAGUGUUUGUUGCAAUACAUGUAACUUUCUGUGACAUGGACAGCAGUCACAGCUCUAUAACAUCCGCCUCCUUGUGCCCAUCACUGUUUCUCCCACCUGUAAAUAUGACCAAUGUGAAAUACGUAAUAGAAAUGAAUUGUUUAAAUACGAUUGUUUUUGUAAAUUUAUUGGUUGAUAAAAUGAAUUCUUUAGAAAUAAA